AUGUCCGGUCUCCCGUCAGGCUGGGAAUCCGACUACAACGGGAGCCGCUGGUUCUAUCGCUACAAACCCACGGGCCAGAUCCAGUUUCACUUUCCCCAAGAUGGCGACGAGUUUCCCGACUUUGUCGACGCCUACGCGCCCGCACCCGACCUGGCACCGGAGGAGAAGCUCGAGAGCCAGCAGCAGGUCAAACGGAAGACGGAGCCCCCCGAGAAUAACGAAAAGGGACCCGGAAAGUCGCUGGAGCGCGCGACGGCUGGACCAUCGGGUGGAGGCUUAGGCUCUGGGACCAAGCCCUCUCGGGAUGGUGCAGGGAAGCAACAACUGAGUCCUACCGAUGAUGACGACAACGGCGGCGAGUUCUACUACCAACCCGAGAGCUUCAUGUUCCUUGGGCCUGGCGCGUACAGUGACGUGAGCCCGCUGGGCGAAGAAGAUGACCGAGUGGACGCUGGUGCAAAACCUCCUGAGAAGGGGAAGCGCAAUGAGGACGAAAAUGCAAAGGUCAAGUCAGAGGACAGCCAACCAUCUCGUUUGAGCUCCAAGGUAUCACCCAUACAAAGCGAAUCUACCACGCCGCUCGUGGUCCACAGCACCCCGUUUGCUGGCGAUUCAACAGCGGCCAAGCCGAGCAUCGAGACGACACCGCCUGCUGCUGUUGCCGAGCCUCCGUCGGCCGCAUCACCAACAGUUCCAUUGCUAGAUUCCCGCGAAAUGCCGCAUGAGCUACCCGCAAGCGCCCCAUGGAGCCCAGUCGGGGUGGUGGCUGAAAUGCCUACCGAACAUACGGCACAGGCGCGCAUUGAGACUCAUCCCGACCCAGUGGAGAUAGGGGACAGUGCUGUUCUCGCGCCCAUAGAAACACACAUGGAUGUGGGGAUUGCUGAACUUCCUGAACAUACCACGCCCACCGACAGGAAGCCAGUUGAUACAUCCCAGCACAAUGAGCUUCAGCAGACCAGUCUACCUGACCAUGUCUUGUACCAAGCCACCUUUGGGACGAUAGCGAGGCCUAAGAACCCAUCGCCACCAACGUCAGCGCUGCAAACGCCAGGCGCUUCGACGCCAGCCGAAGCGUCAACCGGAUCACAUGAACGGCAGAUCCAGGCGGCAGAAGAGCCACGCGCUCCAAGGGAUGAGUCACCCUUCAAGAUCACCAGGAAGCCGACAAACGCUGCGACAUCAAGUUCCAAGUAUCAACCAUACGCACCUCCAGUGGCCGCUAGUACUGCCGAGCGCCCCCAUCUUGAGCAGAGAACGCCAAGCUCCCAAAGCCAAGAUCGCCGUGUCUCUUUGAUUCGCGAAGGAUCGCUGAUGUUAGGGCCACGCGAGCCGGCAAGGGUCCAGUCCGAAAAUGUACCAACUGUGCUCCAGCCUCCGCAGCUACCUCCAAAAGUUGAGGAGCAGCCUCGAUCACACCCCUCUCAAGCCCCUGUUGGCAGCAACACUGUGCCUCAUCACAUUGCAUUUGCCGCCCGCGAGCAGACGCGAGCCCAGACGAACGAGAGUGGAGCAUCAUCGGAAAAAGCUGCCGCAAUCUCAUUGAGCCAUGUGCCCUCCGUGUUGAAACCCGCGCGAGGCAAGAUGGUAGAGCGGAGCAGCACUGAAAACCAACGAGGUCAUACGGACAACCCACCACGUAUUGGUCAAAUCCACCAUACGACGACAAUGGACGUUGAUCCGCAACCAGCUUUGGGGCCACGGCCAUGGGUUCAGAGACACACCAUCCCCGCAGCCUCCAAGGUCCUACGAACCGUCACAAAGUCGCAACUGGUCCUCCGAGUCGCUGGCGUACCAACGCCAAGUGGUCUCGUCACCCCAAGGAAGGCUACCGCGACAGCAAUCAUUCGCGUCCAGCGACGUCUCAUCCCUCGGACCGUCAUCCAGUCGCCAAUCAUCAAUAAGUAA